CUCUCCGCGUACAAUGGCACAUGUACGCGCCGUGUCUCGCAUUUCACACUUCCAUUGUUGACUUUGAAUCUUGAAUUUGAAACUUACUUGCUGGUGCGUGUAAGACCACGAUCGUUACUUCCCACAGGCUGUGUAGGCGCUUGGGUUCAGGGCAGGCAUGGGUGCAUUAAUCGCCAUCACGACAAAAUGAGCAUACAACAAAACAAUGACAGACGACAUCUGCACGCGCGUGAUGGACCAUACUUCCCAGCGUCACCUUUCGCCGCGUUCUGGUCGGCCUUUACGUCCGAAUUUGGCCAAGAAUUCGCAACAGAUAGCGGUGCGGCUUCUACAAAACCCGGCAGCUCUUUGCCCGCAGCGCAGAUGACAGUGACUACGACCGCGGUGGUGACGAUCCCACUGACCACGGUGACGAUCCGGUCGACCCUCCUCGAGACUUCAUUCGUCACCGUACCAUAUACGACGGGGAUCGUGCAACCCGCUUCGACUUCAUCUGGUAAUCUACCGAGUGCAUCUCCACUUCCAAGUUCGAUAGUCAUGACUGGGUCUUCAGCAGGGUUAUCUUCUUCAUCGUCCAUUACAAGCGGGCAGUCCACAAUUCCCACCGUUGUCACGGAAAGCAGUCAUUCUGUGCCGCUUACUGGUUCGAUUACACUGUCAUUGCAGACAGAGCAGCCGAUGGUGACGCCUUCAGCUACGGCACAAGGGGUCACGCAUAGGUACGAGACGAUGCACAAACACGCCAUUAUCGGCGGGUUGUGUGGCACAGUCGCUGGCCUUGUAGUGUUAGGACUUUUAGUAUUCUUCUGGUUAACGCGGAGACGGCGACAACAACAGCGAGAAGGCGACACCGCGAGCGACGCGGCUUCAGGAUCUCCGGAAGGCUCUUUCACCGAGAAAGGCUUGCGACCAUCGAUCGUUCGAAAAUGGACUGAACUCACAGGAAAAGGCACUCCUAAGCAGCCGCCGGAACCGGGGUCCACCUCACCGGUUACUGUCGACGAGGAACAUCACAUCAUUCGGAUGUCGGUGCAGCACUGGCCACGGCCAUAUGCCCGAGGGCAUGGGGAAGGCUUUAGAGAGUCUGUUGGUCCCGGCCAAUUGCGCGUGAUGAAUCCAGAUCAGUCACGACCGCAGACGCCUCGGAUGUCUUCGGACACAGCUGGAAGCUUCCUACGGAGGCAACGGUCUGCACUAGCGGCAGUGCUACUUCACGGUAACCGCUCGAAGCCGAGCUUGCAUUCGAAAAGGGACAGCAUACCGAGCAUACCGCAAAUCCCAGAGAUCCAGAUCGACCCGGCGCUUUCACAGGAGUGCAUUCCAGCGAACAUACAGACACCGUCAUUCAGAUCUUAUCCGUCGGCAUCAUCACUGCCGGUAGUGCGGCAGCAGCCUCCAGAGGAUCCGUUCUUGACACCACCAGAGGAGAGCACGGAGGUGCAGGCUCAGCCAAGAAAAAAAAGGCCUGGACUAACACCUAUUCAGAGCGCUGCGGGAGCUGCUGGACGGACGUUGAGCAAUCUGGGGAGCGCACUAAAUCCUUUCCGCGGAAGGUCAAAUACAGCAACUAGCGGUCGAGCAGAAUCUACGUUCUCGUCGCAGCCAUCGAUGCGUGAGAGCACGUUUUCUGAUCCGUUUGACUUGGACCGACCGAGCAUGAGUAUUAAAGCAAGCAGUAGCGUACAGGGACGAGGCCGGAGUGUCAGUGAGCUUGAGCGAGGACAGGUACCGUUUCGGGCUGUCUACGACGGGACGUAACGCAACGCUAGCAUACAGCAGGAAUUUAAUGAUUGAGUAGCAGUGCGGUAAUUCAGACUUUAGCUAAGCGCGAAUGGCUCCUUGGUAUGUGUUACACUCACCCAUUUACAGCCAGAUUGCAAAAUACGCUUUUGCGAAUCUACCUGCGUGAGUGUGAGCAUGGGACGAGGUUUCGCAGCGGUCAAAACAAUGUCAGGCUUUAGCAAUCAUACAGGAGGUC